AUGUCCACCACCGCAUCAGCAGUCACCACGACUAUCACCACGCCUCAGCGGCCGCUCUACCCCAUCGGUAUCCCCGAGAAGUUCUCAUCCGACGGCGUCGUCCACCGCUUCCCCGGAAACACCACCGUCUGCCAUGUCCCACCCGAAUCUCCUCUCCAGCCCGGCAUGAACGCCCUCCACGCCUCUCUCAGCUCCCAUCCCGUGCUCUCCAAGCUCGUCCAUCUCCUGCCAAAACCUUCAUGGCACAUGACCGUCGUCGAUGGCGUCCGCGACACGGAAUGCGAGCCCGGCAUGUGGCCCCCCGGGAUGGAAAAGCUUCCCCUGGACGAGUGCACCCGCGAACUCUCCACGAAGCUGAGGGCGGUCGGCCUAGAGCUGGAAAAGGAGGGCCUCGCACCGCCGUACAAGAUGCGAGUCCGGGGCUUUGAUCCCGCUGUUAUUGGCAUCGGGCUCGAGAUUGAGGGAGCAAGCCCGGAGGAGGAGAAGCGUCUACGACGGCUGCGAGAUAGAAUCAGCGAUGCGCUGGGCUUCAGGGCGCCGAACCACGAGACAUACGGCUUUCACAUCACCAUGGCGUAUCUGAUGAGGCACAUUGAUGGCGAGAACAGGGAUGCGCUGAACAGGGUGUUUGCGCAGCAUUUGCCGGCGCUGCAGCGAGAGUUUGACCUUGGGUCGCUGGAGUUUUGCACGUUUGAGGACAUCAUCACAACAUCUCCCACUCUUCCUAAAUCUUCGUCUUUAUCUGCUCAAUUUCAAAGAUAUAGAAGAGACAACGAGGAAGAUUCAACCCUAGCACUGCUCCAUCAGCAUCUUGCCAUCCUCCUCCUCUCCAUCACAAUGGGCCGCCCAUCCGAAGACCCUCCCGUGGAAACCCUCAAACCCCAAGCCUACGACAUCUCCGACGCCCAAGAUGCCACCACCCAAGAACACGACCUCACCUUCUUCCAAGCCCUCUCGCUCUACCCAACCGGCGUCUGCUGGAGCAUCGCCAUGUCCACCGCCGUCGUCAUGGAGGGCUACGACACCAAGCUCAUCGGCACGCUCUUCGCCCAGCCGACCUUCCAAAAGGCCUUUGGCCACGAGGUCAAGCCCGGCUCGUACCAGAUCUCGGCCCCCUGGCAGACGGGCCUGAGCAACGGGUCGACGGCGGGCCAGUUGCUGGGGCUCUUGCUGGCGGGUUACGUGAGCGAGCGGUUUGGCUUUCGCAAGACGAUGCUUGCGGGCAUGACGGGUGUUAUUGGGCUCAUCUUUAUUACCUUUUUUGCUCCUAGUUUGGCCGUCCUCGAGGUUGGACAAGUCUUGUUCGGUAUCCCCCUUGGACUGUUUCAGACAAUCCCCGUUGUCUAUGCUCUUGAAAUAUCGCCUCUUUGCCUACGUGCCUACCUCACCAACUACGUCAAUUUUUGCUGGGCCUUUGGCCAACUCAUCGCCACCGGAACCCUCCGCGGCGUCCUCCCCAUAACAACCCACUGGGCCUACAGAAUCCCAUUCGCAGUCCAGUAA